CACACUGAAGAAAAGCAGACUAUAACCGACUGAUCGCCUAACACGCACAGCUUGAAGAUUUUCGAUACAUUUGACAGGCGCCGUCUGUUAAAGCAUCAGGGGUCGUAUGUUGCCAUCUCUGCGAUUUGUCUGCUGAUGGCGGCAUUCAUCAUCUCCCUCAACGGUCUUGUGAUCUUUAUCUUAUCCCGACAGAAAAGAAACAACCGGCUUCACUUUUUCAUAUUCCAUCUUGCGAUUGCUGACCUUUGUGUCGGCUUAAUCAGCGUUCUUGGCGACGGGGUUUUCAACGGUAUUUUGCGAGGUGAAUGGUUCUUGGAUGACGUCAUGUGUCGCAUCUGGCGCUAUUCUACGUUUGUGGUUCUGAUUGUUUCCAACAAUCUUCUUAUUGGAAUGAGCGUGGACCGCUAUUUGGCCGUACGAUACCCGCUUAGAGCAAUAACUGGAGAGUACCGUCCAUACAAAGCCAUAAUUAUCGGCGCAUGGGUAAUAGCUUGUCUGAUUCCUGUGUGGACGUUUUCGUUCACGGGAGCUGUCCUUUAUGAAACUUCCUACUACUGUGACAUAACUAUCACCACUGAACUUGGAUGGAAGCUCUAUGUCGGGUUCACACUUCUGCUCGUAUUCUUUAUUCCAUUCCUCGCUGUCUCCGUCUGCUACACUGGAAUCACGCUUGUUGUCUGGGAGCACUGGCGGGAAAGCAAAAAUCUUACAGAAAUGAACUCCAUAUUGGAAGAUUCAACAUUUAAGCCAUGUCAUAAAACUAAAAACAGUGGUUUACUACCAAAAGCCAGAAUCCAAACAAUAAAGAUGACUUUGAUAAUAUGUUUUGCGUUCUUUAUUUGCUGGUUGCCGGCCACAGUGUUUCACAUCUUGGACGUUUAUAAAAUCAACAUGCUAGAUUUUCGUUACUACAUCGUGCUGCAGCGCUUAUAUCCCCUAAACAGCGCGUGCAAUCCAGUCAUAUUCCUGUUCUUCAGCAGGAAUAUUUUACCGUGCGGGUCACUAAAGUCUUCGGAAACGACGAGAGGUUGUGAAAGUGUUGACACCACAAACACCACUAUAUGACUACUAGUGGUGUUACAAAACUUGUUCGACACGUUAAGUAAAUGACAACAAAUUGAUAAUUGCAAAAGGGCGAUGGCGCUUUUAAAGCGAGCUCGUAAAAAUAAAGAAUAUUUCGUUAGAUUUUAUUAACGACAUAUUUGCUCGUGCAUACAUGGGUAAAAUUCAUCAUGGUACCUUGUUUUGUUUCUUUUACAUAAAUAUACGUAUCAAAGAUAUGUUCUAAUUUGAACAAUUAUCUUCAUCAUUGUGAAACCAAUGCACGAUGCUCUUUCUUAUUUUUCACAAUGUACUACAGUUGCUUUUUCAUAACACAUGUUAAUUAAUGCAAAUGACAUUUUACUUUUUAAAUCGCACUGGUUUGGGCGAGUUUAUUUAUUUUAAUAGAUUGUCAAGUAGAUUUCCAUGUAAAUAUAGUACCAAGUAGAAUAAUAUAUUUUGUAAAUUAAGUAUAAAUAUUCAUUGUCUAAUUAUUAACUACAGAAGUCAAUCUAAGGCAGGAACCUUUUUUUCCAGGAGAACAUAAACAAUUACUAUUCUUCAUUGAUCAUUUAUGUAAUUAACAACCUCAAACUUCAAUGGGUGGGUGCGAUAAUAUUUUCCAAAUGUAUUGAACUUCUGCACGCCGCUUUAGGCCGAUGUCAUUUAUUAUUUGUUGGGAUGCGUUUAUUUCGAAAAUGCAUGUUAUCACUUGCGUUUAAAUAUGAUGUAAUUAUGUACGUCAUUUUUACAAAAAAUGAGUUGUGUUUAUGACAUGCAAUAUGUGCUCACUAUGUUGUUUUAUUUUUAAACAUCUCGCACAUUUCUCUAUCCUCCGCAAAUUUAGCCAAUCGAUGAAUCGUUUCAAAGCAGUUUGAUUCUAAAAUUCAAUACCGCGUUGCUGAUAGCAAAUGUCCUCCUUUAUUCAAUGAUCUCAGAAAGUUAUUCAUAAACUAAUACAAUAUAUAGAUCCAUAGAUGUUUUGAUGUACCAGUCAGUAAAAAGACUUUCCAAUACUUAUUUUUUAUUUAAAAUAUGACCAGAGGUGAUUUAACAUUUUAACCUCUAUGGUAGUUAAACUUGUUUUUAAAUGUAAUUCCCUAAUUACAAAAACUACUUUUGAUGUGUGAAGUUUUUGGUCAUAAUAUUACUAUCAAUGAUUGUGAUAUUUCUGUGUUAAUAUUAUAAGCUCAUUGUCAGAAUAAAGUUUCAAUAUAAGUUAAUUUGAGCACUUGAUGCGUCAACUUUUACCGGCUAAUGAGACGAUAAGUCUCUUACAUGUUACACUUCACAUGAAUUAUGAGCAACGUCAUGUGCAAAGGUAUCAAUUACUUAAUACAGCCACAAUGAU